UGCUGACUCCAUCAAGAAUUAGGUGUUGUGUGCUCGGGACAGGAUUAGUCCUAAUAAGCUUCCCUCGUCUGCCUCACCGGACAUGUCCUGAGCACGAAUGUCAUCCGCCAUUUGGGCAUUUUUUGCCAGACUAUGGAUGGAAUUUAUUUGCUGGUUAGUGUUUUGCUUCACGUGCGAGGGUACGAGAGCUUUUCUCAGUGUUUGCGAGGGUGCAGCUGUAUAGAGGACCGUCAUGGAAGGUCGCUCAUAUGCAUGGAGGAAAGCGUCUUUGGGGCCAUACCAGAGAACAUUCCACAUGAUAUGACCAAAAUCAGAAUAGAAAAAUCAAAAUUUACUGAAAUCGGACGUGGCGCAUUCUCAAGAACGCCCGCCUUGGAGAACCUGUGGUUGAACUUCAACGACAUCACCUUGAUCAACUCCAAGGCUCUGGAAGGUGUGAGGAACCUGACUGAGCUCCGCCUGCAAGGGAACAAGCUGCGCUCUGUGCCAUGGACGGCGUUCGAGGACACUCCGAGCCUGAAGAUCCUGGACCUGAAACACAACCAGCUGGACGUGCUGCCGGAGCACGCGUUAAAAUAUUUGCCCGAUCUGACUUACUUAGACUUAUCCUUCAAUCGGCUUACGGUCAUAUCCAAGGAGGUCUUCCAAAACUGGCCCCUGUACCAAAAGCUGCAGAGCGUGGAGGAGCGGGAGUUGAGCGCUUCCAGACCGAAUGUGGUCUUGGCGCUCCACGACAACGCCUGGCUGUGCGACUGUCGACUCAAGGGCUUUGUGGAGUUCAUCAGGUCUCUAAGUCCCCCGAUUAUUCUGAUGAACUCCUACUUGACCUGCUCCGGGCCGGACUUUAGAGCGGGCAAGUUCUUCCACGAGGUCGAGCUCCAGGCUUGCAUGAAGCCCGUGGUCACCACCCCGUCGCCCAACGUCAGCCUGUCGCUGGGCGCCAACGUUACGCUACGCUGCCUCGCCAAGGCCCGGCCGGACCCUGCGGUGUGGUGGACAUAUGGUCUGAAGAUAAUCAGAGGAUUUCAUGAGUCCCAGGAGAGAGUGGAUGAAGACACCAUCCGAUCCCUCCUGGUCAUCCCGUCCCUCCACGGAGCCGACCGUGGCGUCUAUACCUGCAGCGCCGUCAACUUCAUCGGAAACUCCUCCGCCAACAUCCAGGUGGACAUCAUCUCUCCCGGCGGCUCCCAGUCGUCGUCCCAUCCCGGUUUCCCGCCGGCGGCGGCCGAUGAGAACGUCUACAUCGACAUUCGCAUUGCCAAGCAGACAGUGCGUGGCAUCGCCAUCGAGUGGUUCGCCGCCUUGGACCGCCCGGAUCAGACAUGGUUCACCAUCCAUUUUGGAAGAGCAGAUGCAGACAAGAAGGAGACCAUCUACAUCGGUCCUGGUAUCCACUCCUACUCCGUCUCUGACCUGAUGCCCGCCACCAAAUACGAAAUCUGCGUCACCCUGAAGAACCAAGCGCCGCGUCCGGGCCAGUGCGUCGUGUUCGUGACAGGGAGUGACAUCACUGAGAUGGAGCAGAGGGAGAAGCUGAUUCACAUCGUGGUGAUCGUCCUGGCCAUGGUGCUGGCCGUGCCCAUCGGCAUGUACGCCUGCACCACCGACGCCAGGUUCACCUGUCUGGAGGGGAUGAUGGCGUUCUGGAAAAACCGGCGAAGCGAGAGAAGCUCGGCCGGGUUGGAGCACGAGCGGCAAGGCACCUUCGACAGCCUGCAGGCGGCCAGCGACGAGGGCUUGGUUCGUAGAGAGUCCAGUGAAGACAGGAAGGUGAGGCGGAGGUCAGAUGACAGACUGCAUAAGAGCAAGGCUGACCACAGCAGAAUCACUGCAGAACUUUACUAAACAUACAAUACACACUCCUUUCUUCAUGUGUGCAAUGCUGACUUGGAUACUCUCUGCUCUCUCCUCUGUUUCCAGGGCGGGAGGUUUGUUGCAAAGAUGUGAUUGCUCUCCUUUUUUGUCAAGAUUUUUGUUCAAGGGAUUGCACCUUGCACGCCACUUUUUCUCUCUCAAUUUUCAUAAUUCUCUUGUUACUUUGCAUUUUUCGUUGGUUGCUGCUUUAAUGACGAGUACACAACUUUGUGUUAGCACCUCGACAUUGUUGCACUGCCUCGGUGGCCAUCACUUAUUGUAGGUAUUAGAAAUGCAUGAUGUGGGUUUUUUUCAAAGCGAUACCAAUAACUUUCUGCUUCUCAAUACUGAUAUGGUACUGAUAACUUUUUUUAUAUCUACUUUUUUAUUUAGAUUUAACUGUAGUUUGUGCACACCUGGAGGUAUGAUUUGCCCUAAUCAAAUAUCAUGACAUUAUUACUACCUAGGGGUGUAACGAUUCACUUACUACAAUGAUAGAUCGAUUUAUGUUCCUAUGAUUCAUCCACAUCGAUUUGUGUUUGGCAAGUUGCCAUUCCGGACAACAUAUAUCAAUCUAACAUCAUCUAAAAGGUAAUCAAUGGAUUGCAUCGAUACUAGGAAAUAAAGCAGGCUUUAUAUGGAUGUGUGUGUUUUUUUAGCACUUUUAAUGAUAAAGACAUUAAACGUUACUCGAUCCAGUCUGCCUGUCUAUGACAUCAUCUCCCCGCGCCAGCAGACAACAAAACGUAGCAUGGCAGAUGGCAGGAGGACAAGUGAGUGAGAAAUAAUUAAGCCACCAUUGCUGUCCAAUGUGUGGAAACACUUUGGCUUUUGCAAAGAGGGAGAUGUUCUAAAUAAGUCGCUCGCUUUUUGAAGGAACUGUUAAGUUCAAGUAAAAUACCGCAGCAACACGACAAAUCUCUCCAACCACCGUGCCCUACUAAGGCGCCAUGGGAUUUCACACAACGCUGACCGUCCAGGCACCUCUUGCAGUAGCAAGUAGCAGGUAAACAUACUGUUGAUUCAACCUGAAGAGAUGUUGGUUGCACCUAAUUAUUUAUAUUAAUGUUUUAUUUGUAUUAUUUUUAUGUUGAAAAACAUAAAAACAGCCAAAGUAGCAGGUAAAACUACUGUUGAAAUGUUGAUUGCACUUGCUGUACUUUUAUUGAAAAAGUAUUGAGUAUUGAAAAUGAGAGCAGAAAAGGUUAACGUCCUGUUAAUUCAACCUGAAGUGUUGGUUGCACUUUAUUCAAAUAAAAUGUGUAGGCAUAAACGUAGGCAUUGAUUGUUGUUUACUUGUUUGUUUAUAUCCAUAAUUAAUUAAUUAAUUUUACCUGAUUCCUUCCAAAAAACAGUGGGAAUCUAGGAAACCUCACCUGCACUAUCCAGGGAUUUAUUUCACAGCCACACUGGUUGAAUUUGUGGCUAAAAAGUUACUGAAUCGAUAUAAAGUUACUGAAUUGUUUCGGAUUGUAUUGUUCUAAAUGAACCAAUAUUGUCCUUCAAUCAUAUCGGCAACCACAAAUCAUGACACGAAUCGAAUCGCUAUUCAAAUGAAUCGUUACUCCCCUACUAGUAGUUACUUACUAUCAGGAGAACCAGAGUAUAGAGCGGGAGGAGCACGUGGCCCAGCGAAGUUGUAUCUAAAUAUCUCAAGAAGUAUUGAACAACAAAUGUUAAAAUGGGAAAACAAAUUAGGCAACCAAAAAUGUUACAAACACGUACCUGUUAUCAUGAUACAUAUCCUUAAAUUAACCAAUCUGAGCGUUACUGUUUUUGUGUAUUUGGACAUUUUUGAUACGGGUCUUAUAUACAGUAUUUAUAUAAGACAUAUACCUAUAAUAUAUGACAUAUUAACCAUUUGUUUUAAUUUUCUGAUUUAAAUUUCUAAUUCUGAAAGCUAAUGUAAAUAAAAUUGUGAAAAUAACUCAGUAACAAAGUAAUUUCAUUUAAUUGAUUGCUCGGUCGUUCAUUUUCUUUGUGAAUAAAGAAAGCUCUGUCUGUCAUUUUUGUACUGUUUACAAUGUGUUACUUUUUCUCCAAAAUAUUACUCAGUUCUCCUAAAGUCUUUUGCGUGCUGUUUGUGCAGAGGCUGUGCUGUUACAUGUAUGUCGAGUCAGUGUGCAUCUCAACAUGCAUUCUGCUUCCUGCGAUUCAAUAAACGUGCGUGUAUGUGUGGA